AUGAUAGAUGGAAUAUGCAUUUUACACACUGAAUCAUCUUACAUGUUUCAUUACUUCUACAAUCCAUAAUACAAUGACAAGGACAUUACUAAGAGGUUAAACAUCAUCUAGCUUAAGAUUAACAAGCAAUAAAGUCUGAAGAAGAAAAUUGAACUGGAUCAGAGCACUUAGCUUCAAAACUUGAAGUUUCUGAACUCAAAGUUGCUAGAACUAAAUGAGUAUAAAAGAAUCAAGAAGUAAGAGAAGUAGUAAUAGCUAAUGCAGGAUGAUGAAGAUGAGGAGGAAGAGUAAUAUAUAUAGAAUGCUAGAGGUGAUGCUGAAUACAAGGAUAAAGGUAGCAAAGACUUAGAAAAAGUUGCAAGGGAGGGAGUGAUCUACUUAAGAGAUAAGGAUAUUAGGCAGUAUUUUGGGGAAAAAGAUAGAUUGAUUAUUUGGAGGGAAUUUAGGAAAGUGAUAGUAGCCAUAAUAGCCGAGACAGAGGAUUUAAACUUUGCUAAUGUUUCAGUAUUCACCACGUUUUUAUUGAAGGAGGUGAUUAACUUAAAGAAUUAAGAGAUUGAGAAGAAAAGAAAUAAGCAAAAGUCUAAAAAUAUAUUUGCUUUUGAUUCAGAGGAAGAUGAUGAUUAGCAUAAUAAUUAAUAGAGUGAGCAGCGAGAUAAAAAGUAGAGUAAGAGUGGGCUUCCAAAUGAAGAGAAAUUACUAGAUUUGCUUUAGAAAGUAGCUCUGUAAGAGUAUAGCUCAGGGUUGUUACCAUUUUAUACCAUUGACUAUUUCAAAUUUAGAUGCUAUAAAUAAACUGAUUAUUGA